AUGCCUUCAGCCGUGGCCACAGGCAUUGAACCCAAAAGCUUACGGAACCGAGCAGGUCACUCUGCCAUCCCAGUUGCGACAGAUCCUCCACAAACACCCCCAACUUCCGAUUCAGAACCAUCGUUAUCUGCAGGAAUACUAAAAAAUGAGGAUGACGAAGAUGGUGAAUACGAUACUCUUCUUGUCUCAAAAAAAAAACCAGCAACUACAACCUUUGGGAAAGCCAAGAGCUUUUUUAAGUCUCGGUCUUGGGAAGAAGACUGGUACACACUCGAGGCCAUUUUCGCACCCAUUCUCUUCACAGGCUUAGCCCUUUUCACCCGAUUGUAUCAAAUCGGACAUUCAAACAUUGUGACAUGGGACGAGUCCCACUUUGGCAAGUUUGGUUCCUUCUAUCUCAAGCGUGAGUUUUACUUUGAUCUCCACCCACCUCUCGGUAAAAUGCUUGUGGGUCUCUCCGGUUACAUUGCUGGCUACAAUGGAUCCUUCUCUUUCAAAAACGGUCUCCGCUACCCAGAAGACAUGAACUUUGUCGCUAUGCGCCAGUUCAACGCAAUGUUUAACGUGGUCUGCAUCCCAGCCAUUUACUUCACAGCCAAAAAAAUGGGCUUCUCGCUCCCUGCUGUAUGGUUUGUAACACUCGCGCUUCUUUGCGAUACCUCUUACGUCGCUCUUGGAAAGCUUAUUUUGCUUGAUUCAAUGCUUGUGUGUUUCACCUUUCUUUCGAUGCUGGGUCUUAUGUCCUUCCACCGUUGUCAACGCAAGCCAUUUACCAAGCAAUGGUUCUUUUGGCUUAUCUUUACUGGUUUCAAUCUUGGAUGCGUCGUUAGUGUUAAGAUGGUCGGUUUGUUUAUGAUUGGUGUUGUUGGUGUUUACACCGUUGUUGAUCUCUUUAUCAAAUUUGGCGAUACCAAAAUGCCUAUCAAGACUUAUUUGGCACAUUGGAUAUACAGAAUCUUUGCACUUAUUAUUAUUCCCUUUUUGAUUUUCACAGCUUCUUUUAAGGUUCACUUUAUGAUUUUGACUAACUCUGGAUCCGGCGAAUCUAACAUGAGCUCUUUGUUUCAAGUUCAUCUCAACGGCACCAAGAUAAAAUCAAGCCCCUUAGACGUUGCGUAUGGAUCUGAAGUCACAAUCCGGUGUCAGGGACGUGGUGCUGGUCUUUUGCACUCUCACAAAAGCAGAUACCCUAAGGGCUCUAAACAACAACAAAUUACGACAUAUUUUGCAAGGGAUAACAAUAACAAAUGGAGAAUCGAGUUCCCUCGAUGGGAGUCUGUCUAUAACAAAAACAAAACUAUUCGCUAUGUGAUGGACGGUGAAACCAUCCGAUUGAACCACCCCUCUUCUAGCAAGAACUUGCACUCUCAUAACAUCAAGGCUCAUGUCACUCGUGAUCAUUAUGAAGUCUCAGCAUACGGAAACAACACACAUGGAGAUAAAAAGGAUAAUUGGGUGAUUGAGUUUGUAGAAAAUAUUGGCGACGUCAACAAGUCGCUUGUGCACCCCAUCACUACUACCUUCCGCUUACGCCAUAAGGAAAUGAACUGCUACUUGGCGGGUGGUCACAACCGUUACCCCAAAUGGGGCUUUACUCAAGGUGAAGUGACAUGCGACAAGAAUGCGAAAAAAAGUGAUACCCAUACCUGGUGGAACAUUGAAGAUCACACCAAUGCGCGACUUCCUAUAGCGAAAGACCGGGUGUAUCCCAAAACCAAAUUUUUUUCUGAUUUCAUCAGACUUUACACAGCAAUGAUGAGAUCAAACAAUGGCUUAGUUCCUGACCCAGACCGCUAUAAGGCCAUUGAAUCGCGUGCAUGGGAGUGGCCCACUUUGCACGUUGGUCUUCGUUUAUGUGCUUGGACAAACAGUCGUAUACGCUUUUUCCUCAUGAGUCACCCUAUCAAUACUUGGCUUUCAACUGCAGGUAUUUUCAUUUUUGGCAUAACAACAUUUAUCUACAUGAUUCGCUGGCAACGUGGAUACGAUGACCUCAACUUUGCGCAGAUUGAAAAGUAUGCUGUUGCUGGUAUUAUCCCAAUAAUUGGAUACGUUUUCCACUAUAUGCCGUUUGUUAUCAUGGCUCGUGUUACUUAUGUGCACCAUUACCUACCGUCCUUUUAUUUUGCUAUCUUGGUUUUAGGGUUCUUGGUGGACCAUCUCACAACAACAUACUUUAAAAACAAGUAUGUCAAGACCUUCAUUUACCUCGUCCUAUAUUUAGAGACAAUUGGAAUAUUCUAUCAUUUUGCACCUAUUUGCUUUGGCAUGGAAGGUGAUAUCAGUAAAUUUAAAUACCUAGACUGGAUCAGUACAUGGAAAAUUGGUGAUAAAUAA